AUAGGAUUAGCAGCUAUCACGUAACUCCUUAAAUGCGUUCCUCUUUCACCCUUUCACCAACACUCUCACCUUCCAUGGCUGCUUCUCUCCUUCUCUCCCUCAUCCUUCUCUUAUCAGUCCUUUCGUCGAACAGUUGCUGGGCGUUGGAACACCGAAUUUCCUAUGCCAACUUCUCCAUCGUCAAUGUCUUCCCUCACGACCCACAAGCCUUCACCCAGGGCCUUCUUUAUUAUGGAAAUGACACCUUAUUUGAGUCAACUGGCCUUUAUGGGCAGUCAUCUGUUCGAAAAGUUGCUCUUCUUACCGGAAAGGUUCAAAAUAUCCAUAAGAUGGAUGAUUCCUUAUUUGGGGAAGGUUUAACUCUCUUCACUAAGAGGUUGUAUCAACUGACUUGGUUGCGGAAAGAUGGUUUCAUAUAUGACCCUAAAAAUUCAAACCAAAUUGGAAGAUUUAAUCAUGAUAUGAAUGAUGGUUGGGGUCUGGCAACUGAUGGAAAAGUGUUUUUUGGAAGUGAUGGCAGUUCAACGUUGUAUCAACUUCAUCCUCGAACAUUUAAAGCUCUAUCAAAACAUGUUAUCUACUAUAAGGGUCAUCAAGUAUACAAUCUCAAUGAAUUGGAAUACAUAAAUGGUGAAGUUUGGGCAAAUGUUUUACCCACUGAUUGCAUAGUGAGAAUAUCUCCCAAUGAUGGCAGAAUUCUUGGAUGGAUUCUCCUCCAAAAUUUAAAGAAGGAACUUGUAGAUGCUGGAGAGAUCAAUGAGAAUGACAUUUUGAAUGGGAUAGCUUGGGAUGGUAAGCAGAAGCGUAUAUUUGUAACUGGAAAAUUAUGGCCAAAGCUGUAUGAAAUCAAGGUCAGUCCUAUAACGACACCCAUCGACGAAGGAACCAUUGAGAAACUUUGCUUGCCUGAGCCUUAUUAUCCACCACAAGGAGCUCAAACUCAUUAAUAAAAUAUGUGCUUAAGCAAAAUCAAAAAGGAAGACCUUAACUUGGUUGAGGACUUUAAAAUUAGCUUUGGAAUAAAUGUAAGAUAGAAGAUAUUUUGACAUUAAAUAAAUAAAUUUGUAAGUUUAUCUUUUA